UCGCGCAUUCUUCGACUUCCCCUCGUCUGCUCUCGGAUCCUCUGAUCCCAUCCUCCUCUUCUGCUCUGCUGCCUCUUCUCUUCUCUCCUCCCCCGGGUUUCUUCCCUCGGAUCUUCCCGUUCCAUCCAUGGUUUCCCAGCCCCUGGACCGAUUGAACGGGCAACUGCUUGUGUAAGAUUGACUGAUCAACUGGACCGCCUCCUGGGUUGGCUCUUCUCCCUCCUGCCUCCCGACGGCGUCUUUUUUUCUCGGUCGGGUUUUUACUUGUUUCUCUUAUCCUGGGCGGUUGGCCUGCUUUCUUCAUUAUCCUUAAUCCCCUCCGGUCUGUGGCCGACAUCCUGUUGCCUGACCAAGUCCGACGCAACUCCGCCGCCACCGCUGUCGUCAUCACUGCCCACCACCAACAUGGAUUUCCAUCUGGUGCCUCGCGGCGAGGAUCGCAACUACACGGGCUUUUUGACCAAGACCAUUGUGUAUACGGCCACUUUGGUGGUAUUUAUCGCCUCAUUCGGACUGUCGAUCUCCUCCAUCGUCAUCCCCAAAUGGGUCAGUUAUCAUAGUGAACAUCCCCGCUUCCACUACUCGUACGGCCUCCACCGCCGCUGCUCCUCCCUGUCCGAUACCUGCGAGAGCUUCCCGCAGCGCGAAGACUGCCAUGGCGAGGACCGCUACUUCUGCUCGAUGUGGCGCUCCGUCGGCUUUCUGAUGUCGUUUGCCAUCGUGCUGGAGGGCAUGAGCAUCGUCGCCUACGUCAUCGUCCUGGCGGGCGGCAAACAACUGCGCGAGUCGGGGUGGAAGAUCCUCAGCUUGCUGAUUGUGUUGUCGGCGGUGGUGCAGGCCGCCAGUAUGUCGAUUGUCGCGUAUCUGUUCGACAACGAAGGCCGGUUCUUCGUCGGCUGGCGCCUGGACGAAUCGUGGAUCUACUGCACCGUCAGCUGGGUGGUCAGUCUGGCGUGUGCCGGUGCGCUGGUGAUUGCGGCGCGCGUGCUGCCGUCCGAGGGAGGAUACGAAUUGAUUCCCGACCAUUCUUAAGCUCGGAUAUGGAGAAUAUGCGAUGGACGAAGGACGAUGGCUGAGGGUAUUUUUUCGAAAUGCUGCUGCACUACGUUCUAUUGAUUGACUAAUGUGAUCUGCUUUUGUGACUGUUCUUGAUUUCAGGGCAUGUAUAUAGCGCUCUUUCUAGAGUCAUGAUUAAUGGUAAUGCGAUAUUGAUUCUCUUCA